CGGUGAAAUGGCGCAGCAAGGAAAUCAAGCAGACAGAGUGAAAUUCUGUUGUUCGAUCUGUCUGGAUCUACUGAAGGAUCCGGUGACUAUUCCCUGUGGACACAACUACUGCAUGAACUGUAUUAAAACUUUCUGGGAUGGAGAAGAUAAGAAGAAUAUCUACAGCUGUCCUCAAUGCCGAAAGACUUUCAUACCGAGGCCUGAAAUGGGUAAAAACACCAUGUUAGCGGAGUUAGUGGAGGACCUGAAGAAGAAUGGACUGGGAGCUGCUCCUGCUGAUCACUGCUAUGCCGGACCUGAAGAUGUAGCCUGUGAUGUCUGCACUGGUAGGAAGCUGAAAGCCCUCAAAUCCUGUCUGGUGUGUCUGGCUUCUUACUGUCAGCAACACCUUCAGCCUCACUAUGAUUCUCCUGCUUUUAAAAAACAUAACCUGGUCGACGCUUCUGCUAAACUUCAGGAGACCAUCUGCUCUCUUCACAAUGAGGUGAUGAAGAUUUUCUGCCGCACUGAUCAACAGUGUAUCUGUAUUCUUUGCUCCAUGGAUGAACAUAAAGGCCACGACACAGUCACAGCUGCAGCAGAAAGGACUGAGAAGCAGAAGGAGCUCAGCGUAACUCGGCAAUAUAUCCAACAGAGAAUCCAAGACAGAGAGAAAGUUGUGAAGGAGCUUCAACAGGAGGUGGAGGCCAUCAAUCAAUCAGCUGAUAAAGCAGUGGUGGACAGUGAAACGAUCUUCACUGAGUUGAUCCGUCUCCUCCAGAAUAAAAGCUCAGAUAUGAAGCAGCAGAUCAGAUCCAAGCAGGAAACUGAAGUGAAUCACGUCAAAGAUGUUCAGAAGAAGCUGCAGCAGGAGAUCACUCAGCUGAAGACAAAACAUGCUAGACUGGAGAAGCUCUCACACACAGAGGAUCACAUCCAGUUUCUGCAAAAAUACCCCUCGCUGUCAGGUGUUGGUGGAUCUGCAGGCUCUCCCAGAACCAACAUUGAUCACUUGUGGUAUUUUAAGGACCUGAUGGCAGCUGUUUCAGCAGUCAGAGAUAAACUGCAGGUCAUUCUUAGUGAGAAAUUGCCACAAGCAGAACCAAAGACCAGAGCAGAGUUCUUACAAUAUUCACGUCAGAUGACGUUGGAUCCAAACACAGCACACAGCUAUCUGGUUUUAUCAGACAGGAACAGAAAGGCAACACAUAAUUAUAAAAACAAACCAUAUCCUGAACAUCCAGACAGAUUCAUUCAUAUAGCACAGGUCCUGAGUAAAGAUGGACUGACUGGACGUUGUUAUUGGGAGGUUGAGAGGAGCAGGACCGUUGGAGUAGCAGUUGCAUACAAGAGUAUUGAUAGAUCAGGGGACUUUAAUGAACAUUUUUUUGGAUACAAUGAUAAGUCUUGGGCUUUACGUUGUGGCACUGGAUACACAUUAAGACAUAACAACAUCUCAACUGCCAUCUCAGGCCCUCAGUCCUCAAGAACAGGAGUCUACCUGGAUCACAGUGCAGGUGUUCUGGCCUUCUACAGCAUCUCUGAUACGAUGACUCUCCUCCACAGAGUCCAGACCACAUUCACUGAGCCUCUCUAUGCUGGACUUCUUUUCUCUAUGGGAGAAACUGCUGAGUUUUGUGAGUUGAAGUAGACAGAGUAGAAUAAUAAGGCUGAGGGACAAUUAAUGUGUAUACCUGAUUUAUGACCAUUGUCCUGAGAGCCUGACAUUUGUGACUUUGAAAACAUUAAAAUGAAACAUCAGAUGUGUUAUGGAGCA